AUGGGUGGAGUCUCAGUCAAGGACGUCGACGCGCAGAAGUUCAUCAACGCCUAUGCUGCGUUCUUGAAGCGCCAGGGAAAGCUCCCAAUGUCUACAGGCUGGGUCGACACAGUUAAGACUGGACACUCCAAGGAGCUCCCUCCCCAGGACAUCGACUGGUACUACGUUCGCGCUGCUGCCGUCGCCCGCCAUGUCUACAUGCGCAAGACCGUCGGUGUGGGCCGCUUGAGGAAGGUUCACGGCUCCACCAAGAACCGUGGUUCCCGUCCCUCGCACCACGUUGAUGCCUCCGGCUCCGUUGACCGCAAGGUCCUCCAGUCGCUAGAGAAGAUCGGUGUCGUUGAGCAGGAUGAGGACAAGGGUGGACGCCGCAUCACCCAGGCCGGCCAGCGUGAUUUGGACCGUAUCGCCCAGACCACCCUCGAGGCCGAGGAGGAGGACGAGGAUGACGAGUAG